ACUCUUGUCACGUGAGCUUUCUUGGCGAUUAGCUUCCGCCUGCACUUGAGCUAAUUGUGGUUUUUUUUGCCCUCCCUUUCUCUCCUCCGCCAUUGAACACACAACAAAAUCGCUUUGGCUGCACUCUCAAUUCAACAUCCCAGCACUGCAGACGAACCAUUUUGUUGUCUUUGUGCUUCCCCCUCCCCUCCUCCCGUGUCUGCUGCUUGUUUCGCUCCCAAUCUCCCAUCGCCAUUUUUAUUCCCGUCAUUCACUCGACACCGUGGAAUAAUGGACACCACAGACUACUUGGAAAAUCCUCUUUAUAGCGAGCUGAAACAAUUCUGCAGGAAAGUACAGGAGGCUUACAACGAACUCAAGGAGGACCUGACGCCAUAUCGAGAUGAUCGAUUUUACAGAUUGGCACCCAUGCGUCUGUACACUUUGUCUAAACGGCAUUUCGUGUUGGUCUUCGUGGUGUUCCUCGCUUGUUUCGCCCUCACAGUCUUCAUUGGAAUUGCAGGUCCCAAGAUUCUGGCUGAGCAGGUGCACAAUGGGGAUCAGUUCCUUGCCAAGAACGUCUCAGUUAAGACUGGGCCUUUCAACUUAAAUUCCCCGCCUCUAACCACGUAUCACCAGCAGCUGUGGCUCACUUGUGUGAUGCAGGCCGAACACAUUAAUGUGGGCGACUUCCAGCAGCCUUUUGAGAUCAACGUGGAGCUGAAGGGGGUGACUCAGGACGCCAGCGUGACACACAUCAACAGCGUACACAGCAAAUCGAGAACGCUACACUGUGGUGAGAAAUGUGACGAGAUCAUCGUGCUGCAUCUGGGCUUCCUGAACUACAACCAGUACCAGGUCAAGGUCGGCUUCAAGGGCCUUGAAAACAUCACUUACAAUCUUAAGGUCAACUUUGUGUGGAAAACCUACAAUCCUACUUUUUCCCAAGUGGAGAUCUGGUUCCGCUUUGUCUUCGUGGUGUUGACAUUCAUGGUUACUUGUCUCUUUGCUCACUCGUUGAGAAAGUUUUCCAUGAGGGAUUGGGGCAUUGAGCAGAAGUGGAUGGCCAUCCUACUUCCCCUGCUGCUGCUUUAUAACGAUCCCUUUUUCCCAUUAUCCUUCCUGGUGAACAGCUGGUUUCCUGGGAUGCUGGAUGACUUCUUUCAGGCUCUCUUCCUGUGCGCCCUGCUGCUCUUUUGGCUCUGUGUCUACCACGGCAUCCGGGUUCAGGGCGAGAGGAGAUGCCUCACGUUCUACCUGCUGAAGGUGGUCAUCGUGGGCCUUUUGUGGCUCUCGGCCGUCAUAUUGGGAAUAUGGCAGACGGUCAAUGAACUCCAGGACCCCACCUACCAGUAUAAAGUGGACAUACACAACUUUCAGGGCAUGAAGGUGUUCUUCCUGAUUGUGGUCAUCCUGUACGUCCUCUACUUGGUCUUCCUUAUUGUCAGAGCUUGUUCGGAACUCAAGAACAUGCCCUACUCAGAUCUGCGGCUCAAGUUCUUGACAGCGCUGACAUCCGUGGUGCUCGCCAUAAGUUUGGUCAUCCUCUACCUGAGGUUUGGUGCCAAGGCGCUCCAGGACAACUUUGUGGCCGAGUUGUCCACCAACUAUCAAAACUCAGCUGAGUUUUUGUCCUUUUACGGCCUCCUCAACUUUUACUUGUACACAUUAGCGUUUGUCUACUCUCCCUCCAACAACGCCCUUUACGACUCCCAGUUGAAGGAUAAUCCCGCUUUCUCCAUGCUGAACGACUCAGACGAUGAUGUAAUAUACGGGAGCGAUUAUGAGGAAAUGGCUUUACAAAACGGACGUGCAAUUAAAGCGACCACCAGCUUCCAUGACGACAGCGACAGUGACUGAUUGGACUUGGCUGGAAAACACACUGAAGGAUUUAUCACGUGUAAAUAAGAAGUAUUUUCCAAAUGAUACACUACAAGUGUAUGUGAAUAUAUUUUUUAAAAAAAGGGAACUUUUCUCCAGAAUGUACUGUCAUUUCACUGGAAAUGGUGACAUGUCGCCUCUCAAACCGGAGCUUUUAUUUUCAUUCACAACCAGCGUGUCUUCAUUAGUAUGGGGUAAUACGGCCACACUCAUUUUUCAUUUAUAUUUUACUUCAUUCACAUAAAAUUGCAACUUUUUUCUGGUAAUACAGCUGUAUUUUCAUAAAACAGAUCACACUUUAAUUAUCUCAUCACAAUUUUACCUGUGUAAAAUUGUUUGAAUGUUAUCAAUACUGAUGAAAACAAUCACAAAACAGUUUUGCACUGUUGGGUUCUAAGUAGAGCUUCAAAAUGCUAAAUGGCUCUAAAGUGGCCCCAGUUCUCCUCUGAAACACAACCUGGGAAUUGCUUUUUGCUUCUUUUACUUGUACAGACAAUCCGUAAUUGUUAUGCUUCCUGUGUAUACUACUGAUAUCUCUGUACUGUUGGUCAUUCCAAGCUGCUGUCUGACACUCAUGGCAAGUUUGAUGCUUGGGAUUAAAAAGCAGCGGCCACAUCUGAACUCUUAAGUGCCAAAGCUGCGUUUUAUAAGCCACAUUUGCGCUUAAUGUUUUUUUUAAAAGAUAACAUUGUUGUGGCAGUAUCUUUUAUCUUUUUGUGGAGGCAUUAUUAUUUAUUUGUUAGAAGACAUUUCAUAUUGUACUGGAUUUGUAUUUACUACUGAAGUAUCAUGUUGAAUUUGUGACAUAAUUAUGGUUAAACCACUGGCCUUUAUAUUAUAUGGAAUAUGUAUGAUCCUCUCCUCGCACCAACAUGCCAAACAUUUAUCAUCCUUUGUUUUGUCAUAUGUUUACAAAGUGACAAAACAAAUGUUAACGUGGUGCCUUUUCUGAACAUACAUCAAACUUCCUUUUUAGGAAUCACUUUAUUGAACAUGUACAGGUCUUUUGGUGGUUUCAGGAGCUUGUGGGGCCUGGUGUGUUUCAAAUAAAUUGGAUAAAACAUA